AUGUGUGUCGCAGACGUAAUCCACUACAUGUGCAGCAUCUGCAACACCCGUCUAGGAAAACCACGUCGCCGAGUCCUCGAGCAUUGUUCCGCUGUCAUCCUGAACAGCAAGAACCGCCAACACUGCGGCGUCCUCUACGACACGGUUCCUGAACCGUCCGCUGCCGAUCCGGCACUCAAUCAUUCGGGACUCGAGUUUGAAGUCUUGAAAACAGCGUUGGGCUACACUCUCAUCGAGCCACAACACCGUCGUCCUAAGCCAAAGGCGAUUCGAUGCGACUUGUGCGUAGACCAUCUUGGGGAGAAAGAGGCUGAAGUGAGAGAGAAGUGGUGGAGGGCAGAGACAAAGGCACUGGCAGGUACCAGAAAGAACAAACGGCUAAUCCCAGGACCUUCAACUGCGGGGUGGUCUGACAUCUAUCGAUGA